GAUGUUGUGUUUUGCUUGUAUCCCACCGCCGACUCCAAUUGAUAAGACUUUAAUUGGCUAGGCUGCAGGCGUUUGGGAAUAGACCUCAUUCGACAUUAGUUCAACGUUUUCUCUCAAGACGAGAUGGAUUUAUAUCGUAAGCAAGAUGCAGAUGAACAGAUAGAAGAUGCGGUUUUCUCGGUGACAAAACUGCCCAUUCUUGGCGAGAACAGCCAACUACAGAGGCGAUUUCUUUCCCAAGUGAAAGAUGGUGACAGUGCCGAGGUGGAAGAGAUGCUAACCAAACAUGUCCAUGACGUGUCAUUCACCAUCGACUGCCUGGACCCAUGUGGCCGUUCUGUUGUAGAACUGGCGACGAUCCGGGGUAACCAGGAGAUGGUGGAGACAUUACUGAGGCAUGGAGCGGACUUGGGAGACUCGCUACUGUACGCUGUGGACUUGGAGAAGGAAGACAUCGUAACAACUCUGCUAAGUUACCCCCGGACAGAAGGUAGUGAAUUCAGUACAGACAAGGGCACACCCAAAGAGUCACUCUUUUCCUCGCACGUCACACCACUCCUCCUAGCGGCGCAUCGCAACAAUUACAGCAUCCUAAAGCUCCUCCUGUAUCACCAGUGUCCUCUCCCCAUCAUUGGUGACGUCAGCGGUUCGACCGACCACAGAGCCAUGCUUGACUACUACCGCGCCGUCACCAGCCCUUCUUACAUCCUCCUCACCAGCCAAGAUCCCUUCGAAACCGCCUUCAAGCUCAAGGAGGAACUGAACAACAUCGUCUCUUGUCUUGAGACUGGAAAAAGGGAAUUUCAAGAACUCUCUGCCCGUCUUGAGGAGUUUACUGCAGAGCUUAUAAAUUUCGCCAGGUGUCCCAAGGAGGUCAUGACCGUUUUGAACGCUGGCGACAACAUGGAGGACAUCGCAGGAUUGCGCAUGCGUCAACUUCAAAAGGCUAUUGAAGUAGGGCAUAAGAAGUUCGUGGCGCACAACAAGUGUCAGGAGUUGUUGAAUCUGCAGUUCUACCGACGUCAUCACGGCGUCUUAUACAGCACAACAUGGAAGAAGAUGCUAGCCUUUUGGAUAUGCAAAGUCUUAACUCCGGUGCUGGCACUCGUAUAUAUGGUCAUCCCAAAGGCAUAUCUCGGAGAGGCCAUCGCCUCGCCUGUUGUCAAGUUCAACAUGAGGUCCUGGUCUUGGCUCCUUUUUUUGACGAUCACGAUACUACUCAACGGUGACCUGGAGUCGACUGAAGCCUACGUGCUAAUAGGGACAUAUUAUUGUUGGGUACUAGGAAUGGUGUGGGAGAAGGUGAAGGAGAUUUGGACCGCUUCAGUGGACGCCUGGAACAAGUGGGACAUGCUGCUGCUCCUGUGUCACGUGACAGCUAUGGGUUGCUUUACGGGCGGUAUUGUCGCUAUUCAAAAGGACGUCAACCUCCUGUUUAAUCCAGGAGAGUGGAACCCCUUCUUCAUCGGCAGUUAUUUUCUGGCGAUAGCGGUCAUCCUCAGCUUCGCCCGGUACAUGAGCAUGUUGAUGUUUUCCGAGACUAUUGGCCCGCUCCUGCUGUCCAUGUACAAGAUGGUUGUGGACAUCUUCAGGUUCAUCAUUGUGUUUCUCAUCAUCAUCGUCGGUUUUGCCACUGCCUUACAGCGCCUGUAUAGUUCACCCAGACCGGACUCAGAUUGUCUUAAGGAAUUUUACCAAGCUCGCCGAGAGCAACAUCAAGCUAACAACACCAAUGUCAAUUUCACUGCAGAAGACUUCUGUUACUAUGGCGACUUCGCACAUUUGCACAAAUCCAUUUUCUACUUAUGCUGGACGCUGUACGGAAAGUUUGAGUUCACUGACCUGGACGUGACGGCACCAAACGCAGUCCAGUUUCCUGUAGUGUCCAUCUGGCUGAGCAGAAUCCUGUUCAUCACCUACAUCACAACCUCCAUCAUCAUCAUGCUCAAUAUACUCAUUGCUAUGAUGAGUGAUUCCUUCUCUAGUGUCUCGUCCGACGCUGAGGUGGAGUGGCGCUUCGCCCGUUCCCGUGAGAUGCUGAAAUACAUCCCCAAAGGCCGCACGCUGCCGCCUCCCUUCAACCUCAUCCCCAGUCCCAAGUCGGGCUGGUACUUCCUGAAAUGGCUCGUUCUGAUUUGCCGCGGCCAAAAGCUUCAAGAGAAGGACGAGAUAGAGUUGAGGCAAGCCCACGGAAAGUACAAGGUGACCGUCAAACGGCUGAAGGCACGAUACCUGCUGGCGUACCGUCUUCAUCGGGAUCAGGCUGAAGGGUGACGCUUUAACAGUCAGCAGCAACCAUGACAUUGCGUUUAUGCUAGCGUAAUAUACCUGCACUUGAUGUUUUGAAUGUAGACGGAAAGAUCUUGUUAAGCAUGCAUGGGAAUUAGAUACUGGAAUUGUUAGCUCUUAUUUUGAUGAUGUCUUUAUCCCAAAAGACAGUAUUGUGGAGUCUUUCGUCAGCCAUGCUCCAAAUAUAUUUUUCUGUUGUCAGACACGUCAGUGUAAAGGAUCUACCUGAUUGGUGCACGUUUCUAAAAUGGUCUACUGCACUAUUGUCAUGGCCGAAGAUGUCAAUGUACCCCCUUUGCCUUGCCUGGUUGUUUAUCUGUCUAUUUGUUUGUUUGUUUGUUUGUUUAUUCAUUAGACAUUGCAACGUAACGACAGAGGUAGGCUUAAGGGUUUUUCACGUAAAAUAAAAAC